AAAAAUGCUUAGACAGAGACGGUAAUCGAUCGCCUGAAAGCGCCUAGCUGUUGUAUGAAUCUUUUGGAUGUCCGGGCAUUAAAUCUACCAUCAUCUGAUUUAAUACAGGCUUAAUCUGUAGAGAUUUUAGAUCCUUUGUUAGUUCGACGGUUUUUGUUGCUUUCAAGACGCGGAAUUUAUCGACAAAACGCAUUAAAUAAGGCAAAAAGGCGUAUUUUCGCUCCCCGGAAAGCUGCUAUCUUUAGCCGCUAAGGUUAGUUAGCUUUAGCAGCUCAGACCGGGGCCCACAGGGUAACCUCGAUUCUACUGUAAAGCUUUUCCAAACUCUUAGUAAAAUGGCGUGUGGGGCUACUCUGAAGAGGAGUCUGGAUUUCGACCCCUUAAUGAACCAGGCUUCCCCGAAAAGACGGAGGUGCGCCCCGAUCGUGUCUCCGGUGUCUUCGCCCCAGAAAUACCUGCGUUUGGAGCCCUCGCCUUUUGGGGAAGUGUCGUCCAGACUCACAACAGAGCAAAUCCUCCACAAUAUAAAGCAGGAGUACAAGCGUCUGCAAAAGAGGCGGCACCUGGACAGUGGCUUCCAGCAGCAGGCAGAUGGAUGCUGUCCGGUGGAGCUGCAGAACAUUCACAGUGGAGCAGCACUACCAGGGAUGUCCUCAGGAGCAUCGUCUCCCACCAGGAAAGAGCAGCCCCUGUUCUCGCUCAGACAGGUCGGGAUGAUCUGUGAAAGACUACUGAAGGAGCGCGAGGAGAAGAUCCGUGAGGAGUACGAUGAGAUCCUCACCUCCAAACUCGCAGAACAAUAUGAUGCCUUUGUGAAAUUUACACAUGAUCAGCUGAUGCGAAGAUUUGGAGAGCAGCCGGCCAGCUACGUGUCCUGAGUUUUGGGGUGGUUGUUGGAAAGCCUUGCUGCGUCUGCCGGACUCGGUGGCAGUGGGAUUGUCGCUGUGCCAUACGUCGCCCGUGUCUGGACCUGGGUCAGUGGAGCUGGCUCUGCUCCUCUGAUGCUCCUAGUGGCCUCUUAACUGCCCUGUCUAUAUAUCUUUGGUUUGUUCUGAUGCCUUCACAUUAGGCUCACUGCCACACGCACCCUUGGCCUUUCAAUGUUUUCCUUUUUGUGAAUGAUUUUUUUUUUUUUUUUUUUGAAAAGGAGGUAGUGUACAUUUUGAAAAGGGAUUGGACUUAUGCAAACGGACGAUUGAAAGCCUUUUGACUGGACUCUGGCCACAGGCUCUUCAAGCAUCGUUUUAACUUGUUCUGGCAGUUACUGCUAUUUUGUUUGUAUACACUGAACUUUUUAUUUUUCUUUGCUUGAGUUUUGUUCAACGUAACAAGAUUUUAUUUGCUGUAGUUAUAUUGGGCUUUGGUUCAAGAAAAGCUUACAAAUAAAGCGUUUACUAAAUA